UUUUAUAUAAAAACGAUGGUUAAUCGUUUAAAUCACCCAUCCAAAACGCGUUUAAAUCGAUAAAAAUUCGGCAGGCGUCCGAGCACAACGACAGUAGUGAUCGCCGCUCGCGUGCAUGUCUUAACGCAUAUUUCCACCGGUGUUUUUAUUAUUUCAAAUUGGUCCAACAACCGGUAAACAGAAUAUUUUCUUUUGGUAUCGUGACCCGUUUUCGGCGUAUCGUCGCACUUGUGACCGAGCCAAUCGCCGAUUAUAAGUGACCGGAAUAAGUGAUUUUAUUUUAUAAUUAUCGUACGGCUGUUUGCAUCACUGUAGUCUAUCUAGGAGGUUAAUUACACCGUGUGCACCACAAGGAAUAAAAGUGAUGUUAUCGAUGAGCAGACCUACGUUCUAUCAAACAUCUAACAUGGGAAUGCACAACGAUAACACGUGUACCGGUAACGUUUACUCUCAUGCGCCGGGCGAUGAUUACUACGGUGGACUGGAAUACGACUCGCAGUGCAUGGCCCGUCCGCCACUGGAGACUUCAGCAUACGCCGAGUGCUGUUACCAGAAAAAUAUGGUGUCCACGGCGGCCGCUGAUUACAGGACGUUGUGCUAUGGGGACUCAGAUGCGACUCAGCCGCAGCUGCCGUCCGCCGACGGGACGUACCGUCAAGCCGAUGCGGCUACCAAGGCGGACGUUAUCGUCACGUCGUCCGAAGGCUUGAGCUACACGAACCUGGACUGCGACAACGGUGACCGCGGCGACGAAGACGAUAACGGACACGACUACGGUACGUACGGCGGUGCGGGUUACGGCCGGGACGACGCCGAACCUAACUGCGACAAGUCCGUGGACGACGCGUUCUUCGAUAUGCACUUGAACCAUCACCCGCGUCACCACUUUUACCUACGCGAGCAAUUGCCGAUGGCGGACGGUCGGUGUCAGCGGGUCAAGCGAGAAAGCGUCCCCCGGUGUUACGGCACCCAAGACCAAAGUCCGUCGUCUUACCACGAGGCAACCGCUUACCAUCAACACCAGCUAGAACAACCCCUAUACGCAGUACAGCAACAACAUCUCCAACAACGCAAUUGUAUGCAAAACGGAGGUUCUCAAAAUCAGCGACACCAGCAAAAGCACGAUUCGGCCGCGCCGACCGUAGUGCCCACUUAUAAGUGGAUGCAAGUGAAGCGAAACGUUCCCAAACCAGCUGCUUUGAAACCCGACUACCAUCAUCAAACUAUAAACGCGACGUUCAGUGGCACCCUGACCACGACCAUGUCGGGCCAAGGUUUGAUUGACGUUAGAAACGGUCAACAGCUGAUGCUAAACCAGUCGCCGGUGACUCGGUCACGAAUGAUCAGCGCGGACUCGCUGAUGAACAACACCGGCCGGACAAACUUCACUAACAAGCAACUGACGGAGCUGGAAAAGGAGUUUCACUACAAUCGAUACCUAACGCGAGCCAGGCGGAUAGAAAUCGCUUCGGCCCUGCAACUCAACGAGACCCAGGUUAAGAUAUGGUUCCAAAACAGAAGGAUGAAACAGAAAAAACGUCUGCGCGAAGGACUGCUGCCGGUCGUCCAUCAGGACGUGCACCCGAGCGGUACUAGCAGCACAAGCAAUUCGCCGACCGCUUAAAAACAAACGUCCCUAGUAUAAGUCAAAAAUAUUUGCUACAAUAUUAUCUAGUGUUAAACGCAUAUCACCCGUCCAGUUUAUUAUCUUGAGCACUUUUAUAUAAAAACUUUGUAGACGAACGAGAUAUAGAGAUGUACUAGACGGGUUAUACAACGUGUUAUCGUGUAGAACGCAUACAACCGCUUGCCGUCAGCAAAAGUAGGGAAAUAAUAAAAUGUAACUUUAUAUCGUAAUAGAAAAUAGUUUAUUUCGUAUCAUAGAUCUUAUUUAUUAAACGAACCGCUUAUGAAAGCCAAAUUAUGGUUCCAAGAUCCCAAAAUUAUUUAAAACAUUUUUAAUAAACAAAUUGAUCAAAAAUCAAUUUUUCAAUAAUAAUAAAUAACAAAUACAAUUGUAUUUUGAUAAGAAUCCCAAUAACAAUUUCAAAAACACUUAUAUUUGAACAAAUUUAAAUAAUAAACACAAACGUAUAGUCGAAAAUAAAUGUUCAAUUACAAAUUUAAAGUUAAAAGUAGAUAAUGUUUCUAAUAAACGAUCCAUCUAAACAUUUUUUCAGUAAAAGUAUUGCGAGGGGGGGGGGAAAUCCCAGAUGAACUCAUUAUAAUGUUGAAGACUAUGUUUUAUGAAAAUAUUUUCUCCGUCUGGCAUUUAAGCCAAAAGGCAAAGUUUGAGUUAAAAUAUAAAUUAAUAAAGUUACCAAGAUAAGUUAAUAGUAUGAACCUUUGUAAAAUAUUAUAUUUAAUAUUAUAAUAUAAUGUUGACGGCUGGCGACGCAAUAGUGUUAAUAACUAUUGAUGCAAGUAGUAGCACCUUAGUACAGUUCCUAUGAUUUUGUUAUUGCCUAGUGUACAUAUAUAAUUUAUUUCCAAAAUAUUUGUUAUGUAAACAUUUCUAGAAGUCGAAUAAAAUAAUUUGUCAUUUUUUAUAGUUACAUUUAGUUAAAAAUUAGAUUGUAUUUGAUUGUGAUUUGCUGUGAUUUUAAGUAAUAAAAAAUAUUAUAGGCACUCUGUUAAUCUGUUACAUAAUUUUAACAGCACCAGAUUAUGUAAAUGGCCCAAUCUAGACCAAUAUUCAUUAUAGACAAAUCAAUAGGUCUAUGGUAUUACGACUAUGCAAUUGUUUAUCGUGAACAAUAUAGGUUAGGUUGGAUUUAUAGUAAUAACAGAUGACCAAUA